UAAUAGUAACUUAACCCUAGAUUCUUAUUUCUGGAUAAAGUGAUGGACUCUUCUCUAGCUAUAAAGGUUAAUUUAUUGAUUGCCUUAUUUAUUCAUGAAGCUAAUAGAUGCCAAGAAGCUUUGUGAUUGCGCUGAGACUGACUGCUACAGGCAUAGUUUACAGCUUAUUUGUAUUCUCCUUGAAUUCCUUUUAUUAUUUAAUAGAUACAGCUCACUUUAGAGUGAUAACCUCCUUUUUCCAUUAUUAAAUUUGGAAACUUGGUAUGGAGUUGAUAGUCAACUGAGAAACUGGGUUUCUUGGCAUUUGAUUUAAUUUAUGAAUUAGUCCUUGGUAUUAGAGUAGGGAAGGUAUUUUCAUCUUCUCAGGAACUUGAGCAGUCUUCUUUACUUUCGUAUCUCUUUUCUAAAUGCAACUCUGAUUAUAUGUAUGCAUGUUUCUUUUAAUCAUUUUGCGUUGCAACUUAGAGGGUACUGCCAUGAUAUGCAUAGUGAUGUGUAUUCUCACUCUUUUCUCUCUUACAUGUCUGUUCGUUUUGGGGACGUAAAUGUAAAUAUUAUAGUAUCGUUUCGUUAUAAAACACAAUGUAGUCCUCCCUUGGAUUGACCCCAAAUUUGUUUUGUAGUUAGUGCUUUUUGAGAUGAUUCGUGGCUUUAUAAGCUAGGUUAAAAUUUUCACUAGAGUUAUUUCCCUCCUGUUAAUCUGUUAUCAAAAUCAUCAUAUCCUGUCAUAUCAAUAUUUUCCAUAUCCAUAUGUGUGGUAGAUUUUAAGUUUACUAUACAGUCACUCCAGAAUUAGAAUGUGCUGUUAGCAUGUCAGUGUAAUUUAUCCUAGAUAUUUGGUGUAAAAUUUAUUUUUGCAUUCAAAUCACUAUCUUUCUAGUAUUGUGUUCUCUCAUGGCUUCGUACUUUUGAAGUGUUAAUAAUGGUUCAAUUUUUACAUCAAAACUUACCUGGUAUGGAUUCUACAGUGUUGGUCCCAGCAUGGUAACGCAGCCACCUCCACCUUACUACCCGAGCUCUGGUCUGGAGAACAAGGCUCUUGAACACUCACUGGAUCUCGCCCUCGAUGAUGCCACCAAGGGACACCACGUAUAUGCUGCGCAAAAUGGCUAUGGUUACCAUGGAGCUCUACCUGGCCAUCAGCAUCAUGGACCACCUCCGACACAUGGAAUAAAUGAGCAAGGACAAACUCUGGGGGUGAAUAUGGGCUACAUGGAGAAUAGUUAUUCCAAUUCCAACAACGGUGGCUCUGUGAACUCCCAAGACUCUCUUUGGCAAAUGAAGAUGGCUGCUGCAGCUAGCAACAAUGGCAGUCAAACUGGUAUACCAAGUGUCAAUGACCCCCAGAGUCAAUUCCAGCACUCGCACCCAAAUCUUCAUACACAUGGCUCAACUUAUGGAUAUGAUCCUAUGUCACAUGGUGGCUAUGGAGCUGUUGAUGACUAUGCAGCUUAUCCACAACAACCUGGCGAUCUGGAUUACGCCCAUCAUUUAAAUCAAGGACGAAACAGUGCAAACCCAUCGAGACAAGAGUACGCUCCUUCUGGCGAUCCCUAUGCAGCAGUACAGAAACCAAGAAGGAGAAUGGACCAACAUAUAGAUUCACCAUACCAUGAUGUGAGUGGUCUACCUGAUCCUUAUAUGGACCAGAUGGAAUCAGAUGAAAAACAACCAUCUCAUUUGGGGAUGCCAUAUGACGAAAGCCUCGAAAGUGGGUACUCUACUCCUAACUCAAGAAAUAGAAGAGUUAUACGUGAAAUAAUUGUUUGAGGGUGGGACUCGCGCCAUACGCAUGGCGCGACCUUUCAAACUCAUCCCCCUCCAAACUGGCAAAUAUGAGUCAGUUGUCCUCUACCUCACCACUCUGUAAGGAGCAUAGAACUAAAUACUUUAGACUUACAUCAAAUGAAAGCUCUGAAGUGGGAAGGGGAAAUGUUCUAAGUCAAACCAAAAACUUGUGUCAGUGUUUAAAGGCGUUGACUGCAAGUCACUGCUACAGUUACACAAACCAAAACAACUGUGCAACGAACUGAGAGUUGUGUCCGUGUGUGAAUGUGACUGAAUUUUUGUGUGUAUGUGCAUGACCAUGUUAUGAAUGACAAAAUUGUUGACGACGUGAACUUCUAGGUUUUUAAAUCAAGAAGAUUUUAGUCAUUGUUAAAAUUUUUUGUUAAGUGGCAUAGAAUACUCAUGGGUAUUGUCCUUUCCAUGGUGCUGUGUAGAUGGUUUUCAAGAAGACACAAGACUGAAUUACAGUCUGAAGUGUAUAAAAGGUUUUCAAUUCCCCUAUGCCUAGUCAUUACUUAUUGACAGGUAUGGCAUUAUGUUUUGUGUGGGAUUUCACUUAUGGUUGCAAUACAUGCACUUUUGAAUUGACUGACUAAUAAAAGAACGAAUGGCAAAAUAGUUACGGCACAUAUUAAGGGACGAUUAAGUGUGAUAUUUUUCCAUUUUCUCUUGUCAUUAAUGUGUGUCUACAACACAGUCCCAUCAGUACUGUAAAUAGUUACGUUACAAGCAACAGUUUGUAUAAUGUUAGGUACAUUUUAGUCUGACUGUUCUUUCAAGCAGCCAAUUUGAAGUUAAACCAAACAAAUCUUCAGGAAGUAUAAUGUCCCUUUACAGAUCUUGUUUCUGUUAGAAAUUUUUUCAAACCUCACUCACUCAGAGUCAUUGAUUAAUAUUAUCAGAUUGGUAUACUAAUUAAGAUAGUAUUUUUCCAUUAGUGUUUGCUAUUUCACUAAUCACUGAGCUAGUAGAGGUUUACCAUACAUUUUUUAUUAAAUCACAUUGUCAAUUUUAUGCAAAGUUUUGGCUAUUGUACCAUUUUUAAUUUUUUUUGUGUGUGCUUUGAAUUGAGACAAGAUCUGUGACGAUCAUGUAAGCAAACUGAUUUCUUGUUGGUAAAGUUUAUCUUGAAAGGCAAGGGAUUUUUGUUGAAUCAUGACAAUCGACUUAUUCACUAAGCGGCAGUGUUUUUUUGUUUUUUAUGUGUGCCUUUUUUUUCUUGUUUCUUUUUAUUUCAAUCUUAACCUCCAUCUCCUAGGAAUUUAUUAGUGCUAAGUCUUGUGCCUUGUGAUUCAACAUAAGUCCUGGAAAUUUAGUCAACCUUCUUAAUUGCUAAGGAAUUAUAAGUUUUCAUGUGAUUUGAAUUUGACUGUGCUUACUACUCGACAGAUCAGAUGACAUACUUGUCAGCCUAUUUUUAUCCAUGCAGUAUUGCUUCACCAAUGUUCAUAUAUAAUUUAAUGUAACAGACCACCGUUCUUUGUUUUGUUAAAAAAAAUUACAAGUCACCUCACUUCAGGAGGCGCAUAGGUUUAUCUUUUCACACAUUUUAUAAAAUUUAAAAUUUUUAAUCUUACCAAAGUGAUUCCUGGUUCUACAUGAACCAAUGCCAUUUAUGUGAUGAUUGCUCACAUCACUUAAAUAAUCUAAAACUUUUGAAUUUUUGGGUUUUGUUCUAAAUUCUUAUGUUAUCAUUUGCUAAAUUGCAUAUUCUGAUAUGCAUUUACAUUUCCCUGUCACAAAACUAUUUAUAAAACUAUCAAGUGAUAAUAUUUAGAGUAAUUGGUGUGUGUUAAGGUAAUCCUUUGGACAUUGUAGCCUCUUUUGAGGAACAAGCUCCCAAUAAUUAUCAUCAGUGCCAAAUGAUACCUUGUUAUUUUAAGCUGUGUAAAAUUGGUACUUGUCUUGAUGUGUAUUCUAAUAGCUAUUUGCUGCCGUUUCAGUUUUGAUGUGCCAUUCUGAAAAUAAUUUUAGUUUAAUUCAUACAUCUUUGGUACACACCCUACUUAAUUAUUGGCUCCUCACCUUUUGGGUCUUUCUCUUAUGAAAUACAUGCUGAUUGUGGUGUACACCAGGAAUAGAAAAGGACCAAACAUCCACAUAAACAGCUUGUGUUUCUUUUCUUUUUGUAUUUUUAUACAAAAAUGUUAUUUUUUUAAUUCUCUUUUUUCUUCUUUUCCAUGUGGAAUGCUCAAACUGUGUAUAUUGUGUGAUUUUUAAACUUGUAAUUUAGCUGGUGUACAUACAGAUGCUUGUAUAAAUGUGUCAUACCUAGUUAUCUCUCUAAGUAAAUACCUACUCAGUGAGGAAUUUAAUGUUGAAUCAAUCUGAAGUCAAAAUUAUGUAUGUUGCUUUAUGUAUGACAUGACCUAUUGAAUCAAUAUUAUCAAUCAAAUGUUCAAUAUUGGAUUUCUCACUAGGCUGAUGUAGCUUGAUACAAACACCAACAGGGUGGUCAAAAAUAUACUAUCUCAGAGUUGCAGUAGGGUUUGAAUUUUUCAGUGUAAUAUUUUUAGACAUAGCAGCAUAUAUUCAAACUCUAUUGCAACUCUCUUAGUAAAGUCCAUCCUCUUUAAACAUUAGUACAGCUUUUUCAUGGAUUGUCACAUGACAGUCUGCUAAGCCUCAUCUGCAAUGCAAUGCUGCUUGUGCCUGUGCUAGUGCAGUAUCAAGCUUAAUCGUUUAGGAACAACCAUCCGUCUUUCAUUGUUUUGAUGUUGACCAUUUCAUUUUGUUCUUACAUAUAUUUUAAUCUUUAUGCCUUCCCAUUUCUUCCUUCGCUCCCUCGCCCAUGUUUUAUGUGUUUCAGUUUCUGAUAACCAAAAAAUCACUGUUGUUAAUUUUAUUUUUAGUUUCCGUGUAUAGGUGUAAAUUAGAAGAGAAAAGUUGGUUUCUUUUAGAUGUGUUAUAUUUUUUCAAAUACAUUAUUUUGCUAGAAGCAAAGAGCAAAGUAUUUACGUUCAUGAUCUCAUUUGUUUACAGUUUUGUUAGUAAAUUUUAACUAAUACAGAUUUAUUGUUCAUGUUCAUUGAGUUGUUUGAAAUGUAGGUAUUGUGUUUGUACAUAUCCCUCAUGCUUCGUCUGAUCAUUUUAUUACGAUCAAAAGUGCAAAUGAAUAACAAAGUUUUUAAUGUGACCAUGACUAGUUUAAAGAAUGUGUUAUUAUUUGUUGUUGCUUGCAUUUUCUCAAUAUUUACAGCAUUGCAAAGUAAAUUAUAAUUUGAUUUUAGAUACAUUUUUGUAUGUUGUCUGUGAGAGCUGUACUUAAUGAUGACUCUGUGCAUUUGUGAUUGUAAUGUUAAAUGUAAUUUUGAUGAUUGAGUGACUAAGAAAAGUGUCAAGCUCACACACGCUAUGUAAAUAUAAUUUAAAAACUCAAUCACAAAUACCUGUACAAAUGACUUUGUUGGAUUUUAUAAUGUGAAAUAAAUUGUGUAUCAUAUGACAGAAAAAAGAA